GUUGUGGUCGUGUACUAAAAUAGCAAACAUUCCUUCAGUACAAUCAAUAAAAGCUUUACACUUUGGCCAACGGAGUACACCUGAACGAAAGUGAAAGACAAAGAACGAAGAAGAGGAAGCAAAAAAAGGACAAAGUAAUAGUUACCUCCGUAGAGUUUUCUUUUCCGUUCACUUGUUGGUUUUGUCCCAAGAAAAACCACACAACAAAUUAAUGCAUUUCGAAUCGAGACGAUAAGCCAAAAGCCAACAUCAUCUAAGCGACAACCACCACCCAUUACGAUUCACCAUGAAUACAGUGCCAAAUCAUCCUUUUAUUGAGGUGCAUGCCAUGCAUCCUCACCAUCAACAUCAACCCCAUUGCAAGCAACAGUGCUUUGUUUUCACCGAAAUAGCAGAAAUCGUUGAACUACCCCCCGAGAUAACCAAAAUUGGCGGUGAGAAAAUGCAGAAUGGCGUUGUCAUAUCACCGUACACAACCAGCAGCAAGGAUCCAUGUGGCGGCUCCUUGGGUGGCAUGGAGUCACCCAUAGAUUCGGAAACAAAAUCAUCGCGAAGUAAGCGGGUGCUGAUAGUCUUGGCCAUAAUGAUGAUUUGCAUUGCAAUGGCAGGAGGUAUACCUUUGGCCUUACAGCUGAGACAGUCUUCACUACUUGAGGCCCGUCUUGGUUUCAUACGUCGUUUGCUAAGUGAAGCACCACUCAUCGAGGGCUCCUGGACUCCAACUCGAGAAAUGAACUACAGUAAUAGCAUGCAAGAAAUGCGACAGAAAUAUGUGGGAGCAGUUCUCUGGCCAAUUGCGGUGCCGUGUGGGGCACAAUAUCUGGAUGCAGUGCAACUGGCCUUGGAGGGUAUUGACGAGGCAAAACGAAUAACGGCAGUUACCGACUCCAUGCAUAUUGUUGAGUCUGCCGACGAAAUGGAACAGACACACAUCCGAGGAGAGGUGGCAGUGUUGAUGGGCCUUGGCGGUGGUCACACCCUGGGCACCAGUUUGGCUGUCUUAAGGUCCAUGUAUUUGUUGGGUGCUCGUUUUGUGUCAAUCACCAGUCUGGAAUGCACCAUAGCAUGGGCAGCCUCAACAAAAAAUAUGGACUAUUUAAUGGAGACGAAUGCCACAAAUUCCAUUAACGAUUUUGGAAAAACUAUGCUAUUUGAAAUGAAUCGCAUUGGCAUGCUUGUGGAAAUAUCCCAUUUAUCGGAAGCGGGUAUGGUGGCAGCUCUGAAAACUUCCAAAGCACCUGUGCUGCUUAUUAAUUCGGCACCUGCAACAUUUUGCAAUGGCACUAAUGUGGCCUCGAUCCCAGAUCGUGUGUUAAGUUUACUUCCGGACAAUGGAGGCGUGAUAAUGCUGAACCUGGAGCGUUGCGGCGAACGUUUGUUGGGCGUGCGAGAAGCCAUAAAUGCCAUCAACUUUGUUCGCAAAGUUGCCGGAGUGGAUCACAUCGGCCUUAGUGGAGCUCCCAAGGGAUAUGCCUUUCUCUUGGCCGAAUUGGCACGUGAUAGAGUUUGGGGCAAUGCAGCCAUCAAGAAAUUGAUCGGUGGCAAUGUGGUGCGCAUCUUACGCGAGGUGGAGACGCUCAAAAAUCGUUUGCCUCUGUAUGAAGAGUGGAUACCCAAUGAAUUGGUGGAGAGCAAUUCGUAUUGUCGUUAUCCGGAAUCGUAAAGGGAGCCGCAUACAGUGCGGAAGAGAGAGAAUUCUCCCCUUCUCUCGAGUUCACCCUUCCCCAGUCCCGUAUUGGCAAUGUUGUGUCAUACUGGCAUUUUAUUUAGUGAUCUCUUGUUUAAAAAGAGUAAUAACGUCGUAUUUGACAUUGGGACGACCGCUAAGGUCGACGACAAUUGUAUUUAGCAAUAUUUUUAAAUAAACGAUAUUAAAGUUGUUAUUUAGUUGAAUUUUUUUUCAAAAUGAUGAAAGUCUUAUCAAAAAGUAUUUAAAUAAAAAUAAAGAAAAUUACAUAAAUAAAAUCUUAAAGCAUUCGCUAGAUAAAUACAAGGAAACAAUAAAGAACCAAUUUUCAUUGUAACGUUCAAAUAAAUAUUUAAACACAACACACCA